AUGGCAGAACCUGUGUCUGUUGCGGCUGACUAUCUCGCGGGCAGCCGGGCGCGCGCUGCACGCACAGUACUAGGUCAGGUGGUGCUCCCGGGUGAGGAGCUGCUCCUGCCGGAACAGGAGGACGCGGAAGGCCCUGGCGGUGCCGGGGAGCGACCGUUGAGCCUGAAUGCUGGAGCGCGCUCGCGGGUGCGCGUUGUAUGCGGCCCGGGCUUGCGGCGCUGUGGGGACCGCCUGCUGGUCACCAAGUGCGGCCGCCUCCGUCACAAGGAGCCCGGCAGUGGCAGCGGCGGCGGUGUUUACUGGGUGGACUCUCAGCAGAAGCGGUAUGUUCCAGUGAAAGGAGACCAUGUGAUUGGCAUAGUGACAGCUAAAUCUGGAGAUAUAUUCAAAGUUGAUGUUGGAGGGAGUGAGCCAGCUUCUUUGUCUUACUUGUCAUUUGAAGGUGCAACUAAAAGAAACAGACCAAAUGUGCAGGUUGGAGAUCUCAUCUAUGGCCAAUUUGUGGUUGCUAAUAAAGACAUGGAACCAGAGAUGGUCUGUAUUGACAGCUGUGGACGAGCCAAUGGAAUGGGUGUCAUUGGACAGGAUGGUCUGCUUUUUAAAGUGACUCUGGGCUUAAUUAGAAAGCUAUUAGCUCCAGACUGUGAAAUCAUACAGGAAGUGGGAAAACUCUAUCCACUGGAGAUAGUAUUUGGAAUGAAUGGAAGAAUAUGGGUUAAGGCAAAAACCAUCCAGCAGACUUUAAUUUUGGCAAACAUUUUAGAAGCUUGUGAACACAUGACGUCAGAUCAAAGAAAACAGAUCUUCUCCAGAUUGGCAGAAAGUUGAUAUAGGUGGACUUUUUUACAGUAAGCCAGGUUCACCAGAGGAAAUGCAGACUACAUGAAAAGUAUAAAGCAGCAAAAUGUCACCUGUAGUCCCAUUAUUCAGGGGGUGAGUAUAUAACAAUGAAAUAUUGUGUGUUUUCCAUUUACCAAGUACUGUGUUUUGCAUGGAUUAACUCCUUUAUUCUUACUAACUGCAGAAGACACUUAUCCUCAUAAUUGAAAUGGAGGCAGAGAAUUUAACUUGGCCUACAUUCUCUGUAUGUUCAUCACAUUGAAAUUAUAGCUUAUAUGCUACUUUGUAAUAUACUUUUGUCUACUUCAAACAGCAUGAUACAUUUCACAACUUCCAUUAAAAAUUCAUUAGUCACAUAUUUCAUGUUAUAGGAUAUUUUUGAUGUAGUAUAUUUGAUAUAUUUGGAUAUAGUUUAUUAUUAUAUAAAUAAUGAGGAUUUCUGAAUCCAAAUCUGGCCAAGUCUUAUUUUGCUAAAAUCAUUUCCUAGGAGCUAAGCUAAAACUCUUCUAUGCUAUUUAGUAUAUUAACCAAAACCUUUAAAGGUAAAAAGACUGCCGGGCAAUCCACGUCAGUGAUUCUUGGUUUCUAGACCUCUUUGAGAAUACGUGAGAUAUUAUAGAUCCCCUGAAGCCUAUCCAUAGAAAGUCAUUUUUGGAUGAAAGAGAUUAUAGAAUUUAUUGUUUAUAUGUUGAUAAAGACCAAGGAGCUUUAUGUGUUCCUAAUGAUGUUUUCUGAGGACUGGGUGGUUUUUUUACUUCAAUAGAUUUUAGGGCUACAAGUGGUUUUGGGUUACAUGGAUGAAUUGUAUAGUGGUGAAGUCUGAGGUGUACCAGUCACCUGAGUACUAUAUAUUGUACCCAAUAUGUCAUUUUUUAUCCUUCCCCUUCCCCCUUCUGGGUGUCCAGUGUCUUUUUCCACUCUGUGUGCUUACCUGUAGCUUAGCUCCCACUUACAAGUGAGAACAUUUGGUAUUUCGUUUUCCAUUCUUGAGUUACUUCACUAAGAAUAGCUUCUAAUACUAUCCAAGUUGCUGCAAAAGACACUUGGUUCUUUUUUAUAGCUGAGUAAUAUUCCAUAGGAUAUAUAUACACACCACAUUUUAUCCAUUCAUUGGUUGAUGGGUACUUAGGUUGGUCGCAUAUCUUUUAUGAUGAACUGUCUGGCCAGUGUUUAAAUAAUAGAAAGAUACUGGUGUAAUUUAUUAGGUGAUCACAGUCCUUAGGAAUUAAAUUGUGAAGGGGAGGGGACAGAGCAGAGAAGUAAUCUUUUGGUUCUGGUUCUUUUGAGUUAUUGAAUACAUUUCCUGAAUUUGCUAGCUGCUUAACUAGCAAGUUAACUAACCCAAACUGUCAGAGUAACUGAAGCAAAUAUGUCCAACUGGGACAUAAGGAACAUGAGAUUUGUGUAUUAAGCAGGUUAUCUAACAUGCUCCAGUGUCAAAAUGGAACACUUUCUAGCCAUUUUCAAGACUGACUUUCAUCAAUACUGUGUUUGCUUUACAAUUUAAUCUGUUACAAAAACAUAUGAAGAAUCUAGUUGGUACCAGGCUCAGAGAAGAUAGAAAGAUAGGUACACAGAUCUGUCCUGUUAGGAUCCUGCCAUUAGGAAGAGAAGUCCUCCAUGCACAUACUCCACAGGGUAAGAGCCACAGGAGGGAACAAAAUGCUAUGGGGACUCAGUAGGGAUAGGUCAGAACAGGCUGGAUCCUGCAAAGCUUAUUACAGAGCUGGGAGACGAUAAGCAUGAUCAGACAAGGCUGGAGAAAGUCAUCCAAUUUUAUGAUGCCAGUUUAGUGAAUAUUAAACUCUUGAUAUAACCAUUUAAACAAUUUCAAGAGGUCUCUCACAAAUAGAUAUACAACAGUUCAAUUAGCACAUCCAAAGCCAUGUGGUUUUGAGGCUAAUUCCAUGUUACAUAAAUUUUUUUUCUUCUUGAGACAGUCUUGC